AUGUCGUUUGUUUCUUACCUGCCGAUACUGCGCGCUGUUAUUUCUUUUUUGUUCUCAACCUCUUCUUCUUUUCUCUUUUCUUUCUUUUCUGUUUUCCUUCUUUUCUCUUUAAUGUUUUUUUUGGUUCUUUUCUCGUUUCGUCUUUUUUGUUCUUUUCUCUUUUCGUCUUUUUUGUUCUUUUCUCUUUUCCUGCUUUUUAUUUUACUUUUCUUUUUUCCUUCUUUUCGUGAUUUUUUCUUUUCUUUUUCUUUCUUUUCCUCCUUUUUUCUUUUUCUUCUUUUCCUUCUUUUCUUAUUUUUCCUUUUUCUUUUCUUUUUCUCUUUUCGUUUUUUGUUCUUUUCUCUUUUCCGUUGUUUCAUUUCUCUUUCUUUCUUUUCGUUUUUCUUUUUUUUUUUCUUCUUUUCCUUCUUAUCAUUCUUUUCUCUUCUUUUUUUUGUUUCUCUUCUUUUCACUUUUAACUUUUCCUCGUGUUCUCUUCCUCCCCCCCGCCUGUCCUUCAAUACACGUGACACUUCGCAAUUCAUUCAUAUAUAUUUCGUAUCUAUCUAUCUAUCUAUCUAUCUAUCUAUCUAUCUCUCUCAGUCCUUAUAUAUCUCUCUCUCUAAAUAUAUCUAUCUCUACGUAUCUCGUUUUCUCUCUAUCUAUCUAUCUAUCUAUCUAUCUAUCUAUCUAUCUAUCUCAGCCUACAAGUUAUUGAACUCCUCUUACUCUAUCUCUAUCUAUCUAUCUAUCUAUCUAUCUAUCUAUCUAAUAUAUUUCAAGGGCUGA